UCAACGCGGUUCCAAAUUCAAACGUGCUGUUCCAUAUUUUAAUUUAAUUUUAUUUUUUAAAUAAUUAAUAUUAGUCAAGUCAUAACCUCUGUGAUGUGUUAAUUUUUUUGUUAUAAAAAUGGAGGGGCGAAGGUCCUGGGAUGGUGUGCCGUUGGGCGAAUCACACUCACCACCGCAGUCGGUGCCGGGCCGAAGAACUCCAUUAGGAGCUGUCGGUCUUGGUGGAUUCUACAUGCAAGGCGGAGCACCUCCGCCCCCUCCACAGCAUUGUUACCCUACUGACGAAAACCAACCAGAACCCGGAACCAGCUAUGCUCAAAGACCAAUCGGCGAAGGCAAAUCGAAGCAGAAAAUGCGUCAGGGUAAAAGUGUUCGACUGAAUAUAAACGCUAGAGAACGAAGAAGGAUGCAUGAUCUGAACGAUGCAUUAGAUGAAUUGCGUAGUGUGAUCCCAUACGCGCACUCUCCGUCCGUGAGAAAACUCUCCAAAAUAGCAACGCUUCUGCUCGCCAAAAACUACAUUCUGAUGCAGGCCAGUGCCCUAGAGGAGCUGAGAAGGCUCGUCGCAUACCUUCAAGGUACAGCAACAGCAGCGGGCAUCGUCCCGCCCACUGGGUUCGAUUUAGCAGGCUUUCCAGCGGCCGCCAAACUACUGCAAGGGCCCCCACCGGGCCCACCGGCGCCCCCGGAACCACCAUCUUGAGACCUGCAUAUCAAACUGGAACCUUAGUAACUAAGCUAUGUAGACAUUCUCGAUUAACAUUGCUCAUCUUUAGAAAUCAAUAGAUAUAUAUGUAUAAUUUGUUUUACCAAUUAACGUAACGUAAGUUUGACUGAAAAGUAUUUUUUUGAGAAUUACCAUAAUAAAAUUUGAAAUGUGAACAUAAAGUUUACAGAACUAUUUUUAGGUUUCUUUCGGUUGUUAUUAUAUAGGUUUUAAAAAUAAAAAUCCUUACGUAUUUCGAAACAUUCAUCUAUUUAUCUAUCAGUGAAAAAUAUAUUUCCGUUUUACAAAUAGUACAGGAGGAAGAUUAAACUUUAAUACAACAUAAGUAUCUUGUUCGUAGGUAAGAAAAGAGUCGGUAAAAUGUUUUGUAUGUGCAUUUCAUAAAGUUUUAAAUACGUUUAUAAAAGAAAAAUAAACUUGUUCUCAUGAAGAUGUGAAAUUCGUAAUCCAUUGUCUUAAUACAUUACAGUCCAUUAUAUGGGAAUGUAUGAGUAAUUCUAUAUUCUGUUAGUAGGUACCUAUGAUUCGAAUAGAUAGAGAAGACGGCAGAGGUACGUCAUCUAAAUUAAAAGAAAUAUUUGUUUUGGCAGUGCCCAACACUAAAGAAGUCAAAACUUUUUUAUAUCCCACCUACACUCUGAAAAACAAUGAAUCAUACCAUUAAUUCAUUAGUAUACUAAAUUAUAAAUAACUGACAUUACGUUAAUUACGGUUAAUCAAUAAAUCUGUAUAAAAUUUUAUAUAAUUUGUAUAAUCAUCAAACACCAAAGAUUUCUCAGUUUAACCUUUUGGAAUUAUUUAAA